CUAGUGUAUGUACUCUGUCCAGUUACGGCCACACUAUUUUCAACUUUUGCUUUGGUCCUCUGUUCGCGUUAUUUUUAGGCCGCCAAAAGUGUUUCGUUUUCGUGACAAAAAUUCCGGAAUCUCUAGCAAUUCCGCCCUUUUCGGCAAGCACCAGUCUAUACGCUAUUUAAGUAGCCCAAAGUCGACGACGUCGGCGACAUCGCUCAUCCGGUUUUUCCGGCUGACUAAUUUUGGAACUGCUGCUGGCUUCUGCUUCUUUUCGGGACCCACGCAGCGAUGAGGCUGCUGUACGUGUUUUUACUGAUUCUGGCCGUGCGCUUGGCCUCCGUUUUCGUGGUCCAGACAUACUACGUUCCGGAUGAGUACUGGCAGAGCUUGGAGGUGGCCCACAAAAUCACUUUCGGUUAUGGCUACCUGACCUGGGAGUGGGUCGAGGGCAUUCGUAGCUAUGUGUACCCGCUGCUGAUCGCCGGACUCUACAAACUGCUGGCUCUCGUGCAUAUGGACAGUGUUCAGCUUCUAGUACUGCUGCCAAGGAUUCUACAGGCCACCUUAUCUGCUUACUCCGAUUAUCGAUUCUUCGUGUGGACUGGCAAGCGCAAGUGGGCCCUGUUUCUGGUCCUGGUUUCCUGGUUCUGGUUCUACACGGGAUCAAGGACUCUGGCCAAUACCUUGGAGGCCUCACUGACCACGAUUGCCCUGAGCUAUUUCCCAUGGUAUGGCGAGGGAACUGGCUACCUAUGGCCAGCAGCCAUCUGCUGCUUCCUGCGCCCCACGGCGGCGGUGAUUUGGCUUCCAUUGGGCCUGCAUCAUCUGCGAAAGAGUCGUCAAAAUGUGGUCGAAUUGAUACUGAAGCGUUUUGUCCUCAUCGGUUUACUCGUUGCUGGCCUGGGAGUUGCCAUUGAUAGUUACUGGCAUGGUCGGUUGAUUGUCACACCGUACGAGUUCCUCAAGUACAACAUAUUCAACAACAUCGGCAGCUUCUAUGGAUCCCACCCAUGGUACUGGUACUUCACCGCGGGCCUGCCCACUGUCCUGGGUGUCAACAUAUUGCCCUUCCUCUUUGGCGUUAAGGAGACUGUGCAGAAGUCUGAGAAAUUCGCAGUUAGCAAACAGCUCCUGAUCACUAUCUUCGUGACUCUGCUGGUACUGAGCGCUGUGGACCACAAGGAAUUCAGAUUUGUGUCCCCGCUUCUGCCUCUGUGUCUUUAUGUGUCUGCCGAUGUCCUGUCCAAAUGGAGCUAUCGCGCAUCUAGCAUUCUACUGUGGGCCGCUGCUUUGGUGAUCUUGGUGGCCAAUAUAAUGCCGGCGUGGUAUCUAAGCACCGUCCACCAGAAGGGACCCAUAGAUCUGAUGCCGAAGCUGCGGGUCAUCGCCCAGGAUUACCGGGAUGAGCGGGACCACCGAGCGAAUAUCCUUUUCUUGAUGCCUUGCCACUCGACUCCGUAUUACAGCCACAUCCAUGAGAACGUAACCAUGCGCUUUUUGACCUGUGAACCCAAUCUUGACAAGAAGGAGCAGUACAAGGACGAGGCGGACCGCUUCUAUGAGAACCCCGUGCAUUGGAUUAACUCCAAUAUACCCGUACAUCCGCUAACCGCACAGCCAUCGCACGUGGUGCUGUUCGAUCCGCUGGCCGAGAAUAUCAGCGUUUUUCUGCGCAAUUACCGAUUGCUCCAUCGCAUCGAACACGCAGAGGUAACCUGGCUGGAGGGCUUGCAGGCUCUGGCCAACAAGGGGUCGCAGGCUGUGGGCGUCCAGUCACCUAAUCUCGUGUCUAUGUUCCAGCACCGCCAGUUGCGUACGGGUCGGUCCAUUUUGGUCUACCAGCGCCUGAAGAAGGGUGAAGAGAAUGCAUUUAAUCGCGAAAACGAGCAAGAACCCGAUGUUCAUGAUCAUCCGGGACUAGAGGAACUCCCACCGAUCGAGGAAAACCAGUUCAAUUAGACAUUUAGAGCGAAAGAAACCUGAAAGACUAUGCUACCCCACCACUCAGCCCUCCGUUCAAAAAUUAAUAUUAACUCUAAUACAAACGUAUAUUUUGUAUAACAUUUUGGCCUUUGCAAAAGUUUUUAAAACGUCGCUCGAAAGAAGUAGCGAAUGGAGGAGAUUCGUAGGCGCUUUUCGUGUAAUUUGUGCUAGUUGAUAAUCUGUAAGCUAUCCGUGCAUUUAGGCGUUAGCGGCCUAAUGAGAGGCAAUAUAUAUUUUAAAGUAGUCUAUACGCACUCUUGUCCUGUCCUUUCUUUAAUUUCUCAAAAUAAAGGUUCAGAUUAAGCGAAA